UGCAUAUGCUGAUGUUGCCUCCCCUCUCUGUCUGUCCCUGUUUCAGAUGAUAGAGUAGUUGGCUGUGGACCUAUGCCUCCUCGUCCUCUUCUCUCCUCUCCUCCUCCGAUAUGGCUGCCAGGAGACCGGUUAGCCCCAGCAUCGUGUGUGGACACCAGUCAGAAGAGAGUGGCCCCCACCUCCUAUCUUUAAGACCCCCAGCUCUCUUGGCCAGCUACUGCUGUCACUAAGGAACUAGGCUACUCUCUGCAUAGUAGGAGUUUUUGCACCUCUCCUUCACAGGAAGACACAGGAGCUCUACCUUUUGAAUUUGAGUCUUCACUGUGUCACGCUCAUACUCUCCUGUCGCCUCCCUAUUUCUCUCUCUCUCUCUCCAUCUCUCAAUCUCUUGAGGGUUGUUCAUGCCGCACAGGGACCUUGCUUACAGGUCUGACACUUUUUCGUUGUUGCUUUUGAGUAAUUUUGCAUAACCAUCACCACUUCCCCUGUCUGAGAGGAUGAAGGAGCAGGAACAUUGGAGAAGAUGAUACUUUGGGCUGGCCUGCUCCCCUGGGGUUAAGGAAAUUGUCAAUGGUCCCCACUCAAUGCCACAUAGAGCCUCAUCUCAACAGGAGAAUUAGUGGAAGAAUACAUUUGGUUCACCUAAACAUUUGAGUUCCAGUACUGUCUUAACUGUGAAGACAGACUGGACUCCUGUGGGUUUACUGGUGUUUGUGACUGUGUGGAAGUAGCUGUGGAGUACGUGGGUCUGUGCAUCUGGGAUAGAUAAUCAUGGGCAAUGCCGCUGGGAGCAUGGAUGUGCCACUGGGGAAGGAGCUGAAGACGGUGUCGCCCCCCCCAGGCUCAGGGGCCCCCCAGAAACAGGCGGCAGGCCCCAAGCUCCACAUGCCUGCCGAGGAGGAGUUAGAGGAGCGCUUCAAUGCAGUGCUGAACUCCAUGAAUCUGCCUCCAGACAAGGUGAAGAUCCUGUGUCAAUAUGACAACGAGAAGAAGUGGGAACUGGUCUGUGAUCAGGAACGAUUCCAAGUGAAGAAUCCUCCCUCUGCUUACUUGCUGAAGCUCAAAAGUUAUCUUGACCAGGGAGGGGUCAGUCGCAAGUUCAAGAGGCGUGUCCAGGAGUCCACACAGGUCUUAAGAGAGCUGGAGAUUUCCCUGAGGACCAAUCAUAUCGGCUGGGCUCAGGAGUUCCUCAGUGAGGAGAACAGAGGUCUGGACGUCCUGGUUGACUACCUGUCCUUCGCCCAAUGUGCCGUCACCUAUGACAUGGAAAGUUUGGACAAUGGGACUUCCACACCAGAAAAAUCGAUGGAGGACUUGACGAGGAGUGCCAGUAACUCUCCAACCCAUGGUGGUUCUAAAGCUGCUCGUGCCCUUACUGUGAGAUUCAACUCUCUCCACAACAGGAAAGCGCUGAGGAAGUCACGCCUUGUCAGUCAGAAAGACGACGUUCACCUCUGCAUCAUGUGUCUACGUGCCAUCAUGAACUACCAGUCUGGGUUUAACCUGGUGAUGACCCACCCAUGCUGUGUAAACGAGAUCACGCUCAGCCUCAACAACAGGAAUCCCAGGACCAAGGCCCUGGUGCUGGAGCUGCUGGCUGCCGUGUGUCUAGUGAGGGGGGGUCAUGACAUCAUCCUCUCCGCCUUCGACAACUUCAAAGAGGUAUGUGGAGAGAAGAGCCGCUUUGAGAAGCUCAUGGAGUAUUUCUGCAAUGAAGAAAGCAACAUUGACUUUAUGGUGGCGUGCAUGCAGUUCAUCAACAUUGUGGUCCACUCAGUGGAGAACAUGAACUUUAGGGUCCAUCUGCAGUAUGAGUUUACCCACCAUGGCCUGGAUGACUAUCUAGAGAGGUUAAAGUUCACGGAGAGUGACCGGCUGCUGGUGCAGAUCCAGGCCUACCUAGACAACGUGUUUGAUGUGGGUGCUCUGCUGGAGGAUGCAGAGACCAAGAACGCCCUGUUGGAACACAUGGAGGAGCUGCAGGAGCACAAUGCACAGAUAAGCAGCAGACUGGAAGAGAGUGAGAGGGAGGCGUUGGAGAAAGUGUCUGAGCUGGAGAAACAACUCAUCCAGACCACCAAGGAGGUGGAGCUCCUAAAGGAGAGUCUGCGUGAGUCCUGUGACCAGGCGACCAUUCUACAACAGCGGGAGAUAGAGAGAGAGAUAGAACGAGAGAGGGAAAAAGAGCGGGCGAGGGAUAGAGAUCGUUCGGCCCAGGCCUUAGCGGAGCUGGAGGAGAAAGUUCAGGGGCUUGUGUGCCAGGGGCUGAUUCGAAUGGAGCGCACGUCCUCGGGACACCUGGACCUCCAUGUGGUCCCUGUCAUCCCUCCUGUUUUCAUCCCUGCAAAAACAGAACAAAUCACGACUGUCGAAGGCCCUGUGGCCCCUCCCACGUCAGUAGUCCCUCCCCCUCCUCCACAAUUACCUGGUACAACAGAGGCCACAGCACAAGCCCCUCCUCCUCCCCCUCCUCCUCCCCCUCCUCCUCCAUGCUCGACUGCACCACCUCCUCCGCCCCCACCUCCUCCAGGGGGUGGUAUACCCCCACCACCUCCGGGUGGUGGAAUGCCCCCACCAUUUGGGGGUAUGCCUGAUGGACACACUGGUAACAGAAACAAGAAGCCCAUUCAGACUAAGUACCGUAUGCCUUCACUCAACUGGCAGGCCCUUAAACCCAACCAGGUGUCUGGAACCGUCUUCAAUGAGCUGGAUGAUGAGCACGUAUUGGGGGAGCUAAACAUGGAUGCCUUUGAGGAGCAGUUUAAGACCAAGGCCCAGACUGCCCCGGCUGACGUGGGGACCCUGAGAGCGAAGGUGGCCCAGAAGACCCCCAGCAAAGUGUCCCUACUGGAGCCCAACAGAGCCAAGAACCUCGCCAUCACCCUGCGCAAGGGAGGCAUGGCCGCCUCAGACAUCUGUACUUCCAUAGAGACGUACAACCAGGAAGCUCUGAGCCUGGACUUCCUGGAGCUACUGGAGCGUUUCAUCCCCUCAGAGUACGAAGUCAAGCUCAUCCAGAACUACGAGCGAGACGGGAGGCCCCUGGACGAGCUCCCCGAGGAGGACCGGUUUAUGGUACGCUUUGGCAAGAUCCCUCGUCUGCCCCAGCGCAUCAGUACGCUCACCUUCAUGGGCAACUUCCCAGAGAGCAUCCAGCUCAUCCAGCCGCAACUCGAUGCAAUCAUCGCUGCCUCAAUGUCAAUCAAGUCCUCUAGCAAGCUGAAGAAGAUCCUUGAGAUCAUCCUAGCCUUCGGAAACUACAUGAACAGCAGUAAGAGAGGCUCAGCCUAUGGGUUCCGCCUGCAGAGUCUCGACUUGCUGUUAGACACUAAGUCCACAGACCGGAGACAGACUCUGCUUCACUUCAUAGUGAACAUCAUCCAGGAGAAAUACCCCGAGCUCCAAGCCUUCCACAGUGAGUUGUACUUCUUGGACAAGGCUGCUCUGGUGUCCCUGGACAGCAUUCUGCAGGACGUGCGUGCCCUGCAGAGGGGCAUGGAGGUGACCCGGAAGGAGUUUGCCAUACACGAAGACAACUCUGUGUUGCAGGAAUUCCUCACCAGCAACAAUGACCUGCUGGACUCUGUAGUAGGAGAUGGCAAGACAGCCCAGGAUGUGUAUGAAUCAGCGGUGGAGUACUUUGGAGAGAACCCUAAAACCACACCUCCCUCCAUGUUCUUCCCCGUCUUUGUUAGGUUCAUCAAGGCCUAUAAGCAAGCAGAGCAGGAGAAUGAGCAGAGGAAAAAGCAGGAUGUGUUGUCCAGAGAAUGGAAAACUGGGCCACUGUCGACCUCGCCUAAGCCUGAAAUAUCCCAGAAGCAGGUACCCAUGAUGCCCCAGAUGGAUCUGAUAGCGGAGCUGAAGAGGCGGCAGGUGACCCCCCUGGUUCGGGAGGGCAAGGAUGGAGCCAUCGAGGACAUCAUCACAGCUCUAAAGGCUGUGCCCUUCACGGCUCGCUCUGGCAAGCGCACCUCUCGCCUCUUCUGCGACUCUGGCUUCAGUGAUGACAGGCGUACAUAGUCCCCUCAGAAUUGUAUAGACCUGAGGAACCAGCCGUACAGACGGACAGACGGGUCCCGUGUCAGCGCCAAGUGGAAGCCCAGACAGAAGCUCCAAGUCUCCUCCGACAUCUUCCUGUGAAACACUACACACACACGCUUACACACACACACACACACACACAC